AGUCAUGACAGUCUUACGUUUCUCUAGCCUCAACUAUGGAAUUCCCUCUGUAUUUAUUCCUAGUCCAACAAAGGAAUGCUCUAAUAUAGUAUGACCAGGAAAUAUAGUUUUAUGCCCCUUCCCCACCUUUGGGGAUUUCAGAUAGGGGCUCAGGGCAUAGAUGGGAGAGCUGUGUACCACAGUCCAGCCAACAAAUAUGUCACAUACAUUCAUCCUGUGACUGAGAAAAACACAUUUAUUUAUUUCCAAGUUUGGUUGUUUUUUUGUAAACCCAAGGAAAAUGCAAUAUGCUGACUGUGACUACAAGCACUCUAACCCAGACUAACUGCAUUUUCAAUAAUCAGGAUAGUUAAUACCACUAAUAUGGGAAGUGUCAGUAUUUAAUCCAUCCAGUGAUCCUCUGACUGGUUUUUAAAAGAGCGUAGUGAUUUGAAAAUCAGUAAUUGUACUGUGAAGAGAAGAAGGGAAGGGGCAGAGGAGAAGGGGACAAAAAAAAAAAAAAAAGAAAAGAAAGAAAAAAAUAAAAAUUAAACACAAAUUGUAUGUGUACCACAGUCUUCUCUAAAACAGGGGCAACCUUUCAUUUCCACCACAGCCUGCUGGAAUCCACAGACAGCUAACAACCACUGUGCUGUCACAGGGAGUUGCAUGGUCUAGUGAUUAGAGAUUCAUGUCCUACCACCUCCUUCCUGAAGUUUAUUUUCAAUGUCCUUCGAUAUUAAGAAAAAGGAAAUCCUUGAUGUAACUUUAAAAAAUAUCUACACUGGGGUUUUAAGCUUCUGAGUAAUCAGGUUUCUGUAAUUCAGCCCACCCUAAAUAAAGACAGACAAAAAUAUAUUGUUACUGAGUCCUUUUUUUCCUUCUUUCAGCCUGUAAAUUUGUUUUAUUCUCAACACAGUGAAUAUAAAAACAUUCUGUGUGCAACCAGCCUCCAUUUACUGCAGUUCAUUUUGAAUCUAUAGAUUCCUUGCAAUUACUAAUUGUAUUACUAAUAUUUUAUAUAUUUGGCUCCUGUUUCUCUGGAGUCUAAUGGACUCAUAUUACACUGUUAAAUGUGUUUAUUCAGUUUGGCAAAACAAAUAUACAUCGGAUUUUGUGCUUGGUUUUUCAUUAUUAGGACAGAAAAUUUUCUGUAUGACAUGACAAAUAAUUUACGGAACUCCUAAUAUGGCCUAUUUCAUAUCAGUGUAGAUGUUCAACACUUUCAGAAAUGAAGGUACUUAAGUGCAGGGUUUAACCAUUGCAUGUGUAGUGUUUUUUACUACUUUACACAGGUUAGCUAUAGUCUUCAUUUGCAUAUAAUUUGUAUAUAUUCAAUUUGAUUGAAGAAUCAUUUACUGUGGAAAGUAGUCAAAAUAUGAGUAAGAAUAUAACACAUAAAAAAAUAAGUUUAUAGUCUGAUGUUUUUCUAAUAAUCCCUCAGAGUUUGAGCAGUGAGAUCUUUAAUUUAGGGCCAAAUCUUGUUCAAACACAUACAGUCCUACACAGAUUAGUUCUUACAAUUUGGCGGACAAGAACAACAUUCAUCUUGUUUUACAGAAUAAAAUUACUAAAAUGAACAUGCAACAUUGCGAUAUGACUAGACAUAUCUCUUUCUUCAUCUUGAACAGAAAUUCUCAGGGGCUCCAUGAUCUCUGUGCCACCCUUAUUUGAUUUUUCUAAUCAGAUUUGUAAGGAUUUCCUAAUACUCUGUUUAGAUGUGUCUGGCUGAAGGUAGAUACCCACCUUGAUUUGGAAGAUGGAAAUAGUACCUCCACUGAGAGUUUUCCCACCCUAAUACAGAGGCCGAAGGCUAAGGGAUGUUAAACACUCUUGCUAGUGCUUUUUCACUUCAGGGAAGGUACCUUAUUUGUGCCUGGAAGUUCUGGUAUACAGAAUUCUUCUACUGGUAACAACAGUGAGUCAUGGAAUGAUUUCCUCCUUGCCUGGCCUGCUGACUUGGCCUGUUGUUUGGAGGAGACACAGGUACCUGGGGGAUCAAUGCACAGCAUCAUCUCUAGCCACCAAAUUGGGAUCUGACAGUUAAGCAUAGAACUAAACUGUUGAUGCACUCCUGCCACAUUGACAUCAUAAACUCAUUUUAAAAUGCAUAUGACAGCAAGUAUGUAUUUUUUCCUUUACUGACACACACACAAAAAAAGGAGCUCAGUUUAUAGUUAAGAUUGUAUAUUAAACCUGAAGAUGACAAUGGUUAAAUGAAAUUAAUUCUGCCUCAAAGUGCAGUCUGUGUAUGUUUGAAGGGAUUUGAUACCUCUGAAGGUAAGUUUAGUUGUUGUCAUGCUUAUCAGGCGGACCAUUCUUGUAACACUGUGGUUUUAUUCAUAGGUGACACUACUGUAUGCAGUUCUUCACGAGACACAACUUGAAAUAUUUUGAUAAAAUGAGAUGCUUGCGGAAACGAUCAGCAGUGUCAUUCUUAGGAAUCCUUGUUGUUUGCUUGCUGUUCAUGAACUUGUACAUUGAGGAUGGUUAUGUUUUGGAAGGGGACAAGCAAUUAAUCAGAGAAACAGCCACGCACCAGCUCAACCCAGAGCGUUAUGUUCACAGUUUUAAAGAUUUGUCUAAUUUCUCAGGAUCUAUAAACAUUUCCUAUCGCUACCUAGCUGGCACACCUUUGCCAAGGAAAAGGUAUCUUACGAUUGGACUUUCCUCUGUAAAACGGAAAAAGGGAAACUACUUGCUUGAGACCAUCAAGUCCAUAUUUGAGCAGUCAAGCUAUGAGGAGCUAAAAGAAAUUGCAGUGGUAGUACAGCUGGCAGAUUUUGACUCAGCCUGGUGUGAAGGGAUGGUCCAGGAUAUUUCACAGAAAUUUGCACAUCAUAUAAUUGCGGGCAGAUUGAUAGUUAUUCAUGUCCCUGAGGAUUACUAUCCUGUACUGGAUGGCCUUAAGAGAAAUUACAAUGACCCCGAGGACCGUGUGAAGUUUCGAUCAAAACAAAAUGUAGAUUAUGCUUUCCUUCUAAACUUUUGUGCUAAUCUUUCUGACUACUAUGUGAUGCUGGAAGACGAUGUUCGCUGCUCAAAGAAUUUUUUGACUGCUGUUAAGAAAGUAAUUACCUCACGAGAAGGAUCCUACUGGGUGACAUUGGAAUUCUCCAAGCUGGGGUACAUUGGAAAGCUUUACCAUUCUCAUGACCUACCACGCCUGGCCCAUUUUCUAUUGAUGUUUUACCAAGAAAUGCCUUGCGAUUGGCUGCUCAUCCACUUCCGUGGGCUGCUAGCUCAAAAGGAAGUGAUACGUUUUAAGCCAUCUCUCUUCCAGCACAUGGGAUACUACUCGUCUUACAAAGGAGCUGAAAAUAAGUUAAAGGAUGAUGAUUUUGAAGAGGAAUCCUUUGAUAUCCCUGACAACCCACCUGCAAACUUGCACACCAAUAUGAAUGUAUUUGAAAACUACGAGGCAAGCAAGGCUUACAGCAGCAUUGAUGAGUACUUCUGGGGCAAAGCUCCUUCUACUGGAGACUUCUAUGGCAUUGUAUUUGAAAAGCCCAUUAAAAUCAGUAAAAUUAAAGUUGUCACUGGAACUGAAGAUCGGCAAAAUGACAUUUUACAUCAUGGGGCCCUGGAAGUAGGUGAAAAGAUUGUGGGCAGUAAAAAAGGAAGACAAUGUACGACUUACUUGAGACUAGGGGAGUUCAAAAAUGGGAAUUUCGAAAUAACAGAUGUAGAGCACAAAGUUCUGUUUGAUAUUAACUGCAUGAGAAUACUUGUUACUAAAAGUCAAAAAGAAUGGCUGAUCAUUAGGAGCAUUAGCGUCUGGACUUCUCAAACACCAAAUCAAUAAAGCAAGGCCACCUGAGAAGGUACAGGGUGCAUACAAUCAACUGGGUCACAACUGGUGCCACUCCCCAGAAAAACAGACACUGGUAGCUCUUCACUAGAGACACUGAAUAUCUGGGGAAAUCACAAAACAAGUAAAGCAAUUUAUUUUUUACCAGUUUGGUCAGGCAAUAUACAAACAUUUAUUUGUCAAAAAUUUUGAAUUUUAUAGAAAACAAAAGGUUCUCAUACCUCUCUUGAGAUCUUUAAACCCUUUUUUAUUAUUAUUUCUCUGUAAGAGAGAUCUUGUGGACUGUACAGAACAAAAACUCCCACCUUAUAAUUGCCAAAAGGUUUAAAUCUAUGACCAUUAUGUUGUGAAAAGAAAUUGGAUUGCACCUUAUGCACAUAAAAAUUUAAAAUCUUAUGGUAGUAUGCGUUUGUACUGUAGUUGGUAAUGUGUUUCUUUUCCAGGCAGUUGUGACAAGGAGAUCUGUCCUGAAACUGGCAGUUUACUUCUGAGCACUGUAAGAAAAUAAUGUGGCUAGUCAUUGCAACUUCUUGUCAAAAGGGAAUGUAUAAAAUUAUAAAUCUGACAUGACAAUUAUGUAAAAAAUAGAUAAUUGCAUCUGUUA